CUUGUUCCCAUCUCUCAUUUCUCUCCACAUCCACCAAACAAAGACUACAUCCAAAAGCCACUUCUCUUCUCCCCCAUGUCUCACAUGAAGCCAGACUCUAACUCUCCUCUCUCCUUUCCUCUCACUCUCAAGUUUGAGGAGGUGGUAUACAAGGUGAGAGUUGGGGAAGAAGGGUGGCUGAGUAGUUGCUAUGGAGGUGGGCAAAAGAACGUGAAUGAGAAAAGUAUACUUAAUGGGAUAAGUGGGGUGGUGUCACCUGGGGAGAUGCUGGCUAUGCUUGGGCCUUCAGGGAGUGGUAAGACCACUCUACUUACAGCUCUUGGUGGUAGGCUAACUGGCAAACUUUCAGGCAAGAUCACGUACAAUGGCCAGCCAUUUUCCGGCAGUGUUAAGCGCAGGACUGGAUUUGUCACACAACAUGAUGUUCUCUACCCACAUCUUACAGUCACUGAAACACUUGUUUUCACUGCAUUGCUUCGCUUGCCUGGUUCUUUGACUAAGGCUGAGAAAGUGAGUCAAGCGAGGAGUGUUAUGGAGCAGCUGGGGCUGGACCGGGUGGCACAGAGCAUGAUCGGUGGGCCGUUGUUCCGUGGGUUGUCCGGCGGGGAACGUAAGCGGGUCAGCAUUGGAUUGGAGAUGCUGGUGAACCCAAGUUUGCUUCUUGUUGAUGAACCAACCUCUGGUUUGGACUCAACAACGGCCUUGCGCAUUAUGAGAAUUCUCCGGGGGCUUGCUGUGGACGGUGGCCGGACUGUGGUUGUCACCAUUCACCAACCGUCUAACCGGAUAUACAACAUGUUUGACAAGCUUGUGGUGCUUUCUGAAGGAAGUCCUAUAUAUUAUGGUCAGGGUUCUUUAGUUCUUGACUACUUUUCAUCCAUUGGUUUUUCUUUCCCUGUCUCUGUCAACCCUGCUGAAUUACUGCUUGAUCUUGCUAAUGGUAUUCCACCGGACUCGGAACAACCAGUCGAGAAUGGCGUUGAGCUCGAAUGCCGGAAAUCAGUGAAAGAGAAGCUCAUCUCUGCUUAUAAUAAGAACAUAUCAAACAAAUUGAAAGAAGAGCUCUUAUCCAUAAAUGACAACAGGAACAACAGCAAUAGUAGUGUUUUGAGUAAUGCAGAGAAGAAGAAGAAGAAGAGGAGAAAGGAAGAAUGGUGCACAAAUUGGUGGGAACAAUUCACUGUGCUACUGAGAAGAGGGCUGAAGGAGAGAAGAUAUGAUUCAUUCAACAAUCUUAGGAUAUUCCAGGUUAUCAGUGUGGCCUCUCUUGGUGGCCUCCUCUGGUGGCACACCCCUCAAUCCCACAUCCAAGACAGGGUAUCUCUUCUCUUCUUCUUCUCUGUGUUCUGGGGCUUCUACCCACUCUACAAUGCCGUAUUCACCUUCCCACAAGAACGUUCCAUGCUCAUCAAAGAGCGGUCCUCGGGCAUGUACCGUCUUUCAUCAUACUUCCUUGCCCGCACGGCUGGAGACCUCCCGAUGGAGCUCGGUCUUCCCACGGCAUUUGUCGUGAUCAUCUACUGGAUGGGUGGCCUUAAGGCCGAUCCUGCCACCUUUGUCCUCUCGCUCAUCGUUGUCCUGUACUCUGUGCUUGUCGCACAGAGCCUUGGCUUGGCUGUUGGUGCAAUUCUCAUGGAUGUCAAACAGGCCACCACACUCGCCUCUGUCACCACCCUCAUUUUCCUCGUGGCCGGUGGCUACUAUGUUCAACAAAUACCAUCAUUCAUUGUGUGGCUCAAGUACUUGAGCUACAGCUACUACUGCUACAAGCUCCUUCUCAAUGUCCAGUUUGAUGAAAAUGAUCGCUACCAAUGCCCGGAUGGGACCACUUGCAGGGUGGCAGAUUACCCAGCGAUCAAGUCUGUGGGGUUCACCGAUGUUUGGAUGGAUGUCGGCAUCAUGGCUCUCAUGCUGGUCGGAUAUCGACUCAUCGCCUACUUGGCUCUGCGCAGAUUGAGUCCAAGGUAGAUAGCAUGUAGCGGGAAAAUGGCGAUAUCAACUGUUUCAGUGAUCGAGAUGAAACUAGAAAUAGAUAAUGGGACAUUACAAGUGCCCGGAAACAAUUAGCUUUGGCUGCUUGCAGAUGAAUGAAUCCUGCAUACCUCCUCCUGCGUUCACAAUCAAAUUCCUGUAUAAAUACAGAGAUAUCGUCAAAAUGAGAAUUA